CACUACACUCCUGCUCUCCGAGCUCAGGUGGUUCGGUCCAAUAGAUCGGAAUGAACUGGGACCAGUGGUUCGGUCCGAUCGUGGACACAGCUCGUCGGCCCAGGAGCCGCACACGGUUUGUGUGAGUCGCUGCGGUCAGUCGGUUGUUGGCGGAACUCUGUGUGUCUGCGCGCGGAUGGAGGCCGCAGGAAUCAGCGGGCUGUUCGUGGAGCUCAGCCGACUGCCGGCGCCUCUGAGUGCGGCUGUGAGCGAGCAGCAGCUCCCGGAGCUCCGGAUCUACACCGUCAGAACAGAGUGGAGUCAGACGGACGCGGUUCGAGCUUCUAGGAUUCGCUACUCACAGCAGUGGACUUUGAUGGCGGACAGCAACGACCACCAGAACAUCAAGACGGUCCUUGGACCAGAACCCUGCGUGCCGGUGUGUGGAGAGUUGCUGAGCCGAUUCUCCCCCGUCCGAGGCCUGAGGGCCGUCGUCAGGGAAACUGGAGGUCAUCAGCUGCUUGAGGUCUGGGAUCAACACGGCCUCAGCAAAUGUCUGAACCUGACGAUUGUCAACAAACACGGCGGCGUGUAUGAUGACGCACACUUUGGCUGUCUGUCGUGGUCGGACUGUGAGACCAAACUACUGUAUGUCGCUGAGAAGACCAGAAGCAAAUCAGUGGCAGAAAUGCAUGAUGGGAAUGCCACCUGUCGAAAGGACAGAAGUGCAUACUGGGAGGACUGGGGCGAAGCUUUUACCAGUAAGAGCCAUCCGGUACUUUGUGCUGUGAAUCUGCAAAGUGGCAGCGUGGACGUGCUGCAGGGCGUCCCAGCAGACGUUUCACCUGGACAGGCUCUCUGGGCUCCUGGUGCUCGCUCGGUGCUGUUCGUCGGUUGGUACCAUGAACCGUUCAGACUGGGACUCAAGUUUUGCUCCAAUCGCAGGUCGACGUUGUUCAAGCUUGGCCUUGACGGACGCUGUGAGCGUCUGUCAGAGGAAAAUGUGUCGGUAUGCUGUCCCAGGAUCAGUCCGGACGGGGCUACACUGGUCUAUCUGCAGGGUGGCGUGUUUGGGCCGCACAGCCAAUGCCUCAGCCUGCAGCAGAUGGAUCUAAGGAGCGGAAAGACAUCCACGCUGCUGGACGUUGUCCACAGACCGUGCACCGGUGAGUUUGUCGGUGUGUAUGAAGCACUGGCGUCCUGCUGCUGGUCGACAGACGCUCAGCAGCUCGUGUUCAGCAGUGCUUGCAGGAACCGGAAGGAUCUGUUUGUGGUUGACAGGCAAACAAAGAAAGUCACCUCCCUCUCUAAUACAGCGCCUCCUCUCCAUCAUCAGGAGCACAUGUGUGAAGACGUUUGUGUUCUUUAUGGAAGCUGGAAACUGCUGACUGUUCAGAACGACCUGAUGGUCGUCUGCUGCUCCAGCCCCAAAGCCCCGCCCACUUUGCUGGUUGGUUUCCUCCCACCACCAGGUGGAGCUGUAGCCUGGCGAACUCUGCAACCGCCCGCCGUGACCUUUGACUUCCAGUGGACCGUUCUCGAUGUUACGCCUCCGCCAGAGGAGGACAACGUGCACUACCCUGGCUUGGAUUUUGGGGCAGUCCUGGUGAAACCUUCCCAUCCCCUCAGCGAAGAAAAGACGCCUCUUGUUGUAUUCAUUCACGGUGGCCCCCACUCCCAUUUUCCUGCAGAGUGGAACACCACAACAGCUGGACUGGCUAAACUCGGCUUUGCCGUCCUCAUGGUGAACUACCGUGGAUCCACUGGUUUCGGUCAGGACAGUAUUUUGUCACUGCUUGGUCACAUCGGAAGCCAAGACGUAAAAGACGUGCAGAGGGCCGUGCUCACUGUGCUGCAGAGUGAUAUGACCCUUGACCCCAAAUGCUUGGCUGUAAUUGGAGGUUCUCACGGUGGUUUCUUGGCCUGCCAUCUGGUUGGUCAGUACCCAGACUUCUACAGAGCGUGUGCAGCCCGGAACCCCGUCAUCAACGCUGCCACGUUACUGGGAACCAGUGACAUCGUGGACUGGCGUUACAGCAGCGUGGGGUUACAGUUCUCAUACGACCAGAUUCCCACUGCUGAAGUUUUGGCUGCCAUGUUGGAGAAGUCGCCCAUUAUUCAUGCUGCUCAGAUCAGAGCUCCGGUGCUGCUGAUGCUCGGAGGCCGAGACAGACGGGUUUCUCCUUAUCAGGGUCUGGAGCUCCACAGAGCGCUCAAGAGCAGAGCGUCACCCGUCAGGUGGGCGGGGCAUUACAUACUCAAUCAAAUUACAGCUGAACCUAUUAGUCCACAGACAAGAAAAAACUAAGAAAAUCAAUUAGUC